GUCACUUCCGGGGGGGUGGAGUGGAUCCGGUCAGGGGGAGAAGAUGGCGGCGCACAGGCUGGGGACAUUUCUGCACCGUUCCAAGUGGCUGGCGGCAGGAUGCAGGAAGAUCCAUCAGACGUCGGGCUGUAGCCAUCCAUUAGUCCCUAUAGUCAUCGAGCAAACCGGUCGUGGAGAGCGAGCUUAUGAUAUCUACUCAAGGCUACUGAGAGAGAGAAUUAUUUGCAUCAUGGGGCCUAUAGACGACAAUAUUGCCAGCUUGGUCAUCGCUCAACUGCUGUUCCUUCAGUCCGAGAGUAACAAGAAGCCGAUCCACAUGUACAUCAACAGUCCCGGCGGUGUGGUGACAGCUGGCCUGGCUAUCUACGACACCAUGCAGUACAUCCUGAACCCCAUCUCCACCUGGUGCGUGGGCCAAGCUGCCAGCAUGGGCUCCUUGCUGCUGGCUGCGGGCUGCCCCGGAAUGAGGCACUCCCUGCCCAACGCACGUGUCAUGAUUCACCAGCCCUCGGGAGGGGCAUCUGGCCAGGCAACUGACAUCGCCAUUCAGGCAGAGGAGAUCCUCAAAAUUAAGAGGCAGAUCAAUAAUAUUUAUGCCAAGCACACUAAGCAGCCACUCCAGGUGAUCGAAGGAGCGAUGGAGCGGGACCGCUACAUGAGCCCCGUGGAGGCUCAGGUGUUCGGGAUCAUCGACAAGGUCCUCGUCCACCCUCCGCAAAACGGGGAGGAUGAGCCGCAGUUGGUUCACAAGAACGACCCCACCUCGACAUCGGGCUCACCGGAGCCCUGAGCUGUGCCCCCCGCCCCAUCUGUUCACCGCUCGCCCAGAUUCUCCGCAGUGUGUAGAUUAAUAUUUUAAUUAAAUGUUCACCACCCGAA